AACUAUACUUCCUUGGAGAAUCAAAAAAGAGAUCCAUGCAAAUCCCAAUGUCAAUUAAUGAACCAAAACUCAGACCAUGUUCAUCUGUUUCUUCUUUCCUUCGUAUCUAAUUCACCUUUUCCCCCAAGAUUUUUCUUCUUCCUCUUCACUCUAUAUAUAUUCUUCAAACCCUUUUCUACUUCCCCACAACUCUCUUUUCUUUACCCACAAAAGGGUUUUUUUCUUUUCUUCAUCACAUUCUACACCCAAAAGUUUCAAUCUUUUUAUUUGUUCUCUUUCUUCAUAUAAUAUAAAAAGCAAAACAAACCUUGAUUGUGGCAAUGGCUGAGUUCAAGAGUAAGUUAAACAAAGGUCACGCCUUUACAAGCAAAUGUGCUUCCUUGGUGAAGGAGCAACGAGCUCGUCUCUACAUUCUCCGUCGUUGCGCUACCAUGCUUUGUUGCUGGUACAUCCAAGGCGAUGAGUAAAGAGAUUACUCUUCUCCUUAAAUUAUAUAUAACAUCCCAAAUGCUAUAGAUAUAUAUAUAUACACACACAUAAAUCUAUAUAUUAUUAUAUAUAUCACCCUGUCCCUAAUAAUCUAGUUCUUGAAACUCCAUGGAAAUUGAAGCUCUCCUUUGGCUGUUUGGCAAAAUCCUUUCACAAGAAACUUGACUCUCUCUUCUGAUAUACUCUGGUGCAAAACCCUUUUACAAGCCUGUCGUUUUUUAACCUGAAGGAUCAAUCUUUUAGGUUUUUUUUUUUUUGGUUUGCUUCAUGGGUUACUUUGUAUCAGAGAAGACAGAAAGAGAGCAAGAGAUUUAUCCGCUAAUCAAGCCGGAGUUUUUAUUGUGUCUGAGGCAGAGACACUGGAGAUGCUAGUUCUUUAAGAAAUGGAAGAUCUUUGAAGGGUUACGGUUAUGAUUGGUUUCACUUUGGACCGGAGAAAACUGUUUUGUUUCAUCAGCGACAAUUCCUCUGUAUAAUUUCAGUUUUGUUUCUUCGUUUAUAAUAUUGCAUCAUAUUCUAAUAAGACCAAAUAAACAAGUCUAUGGUUAUGUUGAACCAUAUAGACUCAACAUGUUUCUUUUGAUUCCCAUAUAUUCUAAUAAUACAACAACAGCUUUCACUUUU